AGCGCAUGCGCAGGGCGGGGCACGCUCGUUUGAAUCCUGGAGGAGAUGCCUGGGCUCCGGAGACUUGGAGACAGAGAAGGGUAUUAGAACAUGUGCAGUAAUGUCGCCUCAAAAGAGAGUUAAGAACUCUCAGACACCAAAGAGAACUUCACAAGGUAGUAAUAGUUAUCAGACUAAUCUCUUGGCCUGGAAACUAAAAGAGGACCUAAGCAACUCAAAGAGCAUCUCAAAACAUGAACAAAACAAUUCAGUGGAAGAUUACGAACAUGCCGAUGAUGAAGCAGAAGAUGCUCUGCAAGUAGCAUUGAGAUUCUUUGAGAAAGGUCCCUUUAAAACUUCACGAAGUAAAGAUAAAACCUUGGAAAAACACUUGAAAACUGUGGAAAAUGUGGCUUGGAAGAACGGGUUAGCUCCAGAAGAAAUUGACGUUUUAUUAAAUGUGGCACUCAGUGGCAAAUUUGGAAGUGCUGUAAACUCACGGAUAUUGAAGUGCAUGAUUCCAGCAACUCUAAUAUCAGAAGAUUCUGUGGUUAAGGCAGUCUCCUGGCUUUGUGUUGGCAAGUGUUACAGUAACACCAAGGUACUUUUUUAUCGUUGGCUGGUUGCAAUGUUUGACUUCAUUGAUCACAAGGAGAAAAUUAACUUGCUGUAUGGCUUCUUUUUUGCUUCAUUGCAAGAUGAUGGACUGUGCCCUUAUGUCUGCCAUUUCUUAUAUUUGCUUACCAAAAAAGAGAAUGUUAAACCAUUUCGUGUGAGAAAGCUCCUUGAUCUUCAGGCCAAAAUGGGAAGGCAGCCUCAUCUCCAGGCUUUGUUGUCGCUGUAUAAGUUCUUUGUUCCUACUUUGAUUUCUGUAUCUUUGCCUGUAAAGAAGAAGAUCUAUUUUAAGAAUUCAGAGAAUCUGUGGAAGACAGCUCUAAUUGCUGUGCGGCAAAGGAAUCAGGGACCUUUUCCAGAAACUCUGAAGCUCAUGUUAGGUCCAGCUAAUGUCCGUCCUGGAAAAAGAAAAUGGAAUGCUCACUCACUUAUACCAGUGCUAAAUUCCAGUAGCCACCGUAAAGAAUAUGGAGAAAAAGGAAUGAGUCUUUCUGAUUAUCUCGGUAGCAAUAGAUCAUUUCCAGUAGAACAGCUUAGAAGCUUCCCUCAACUCUUACAGAAUAUUCAUUGCUUAGAGCUGCCUUCUCAGAUGGGCGCAGUGCUGAACAAUUCUCUGCUGCUUCAUUAUAUUAACUGUGUCAAAGAUGAAUCAAUCUUACUGAGGCUCUAUCAUUGGUUGAGUCAGAUAUUACAAGAAGAAUGUAUUUGGUACAAGGUCAAUAAUUAUCAACAAGGAAAAGAAUUUACCAACUUCCUGGACACUAUCAUCAGGGCACAGUGCUUCUUACAAGAGGGAUUUUGUUCCUGUGAAACAUUCCUGUAUAAGAGCCUUCCUCUCUGGGAUGGCUUCUGUUGUCGGUCACAGUUCCUUCAACUUGUGAGCUGGGUUCCUUUUAGUAGCUUCUCUGAGAUGAAACCAGUUAUUUUUGACCAUCUAGCACAGCUCUUCUUCACAUCAACCAUUUAUUUCAAGUGUAGUGUUCUUGAGAGCCUGAAAGAGCUACUGCAAAAUUGGCUGUUGUGGCUUUCUAUGGACGUCCACAAGAAAACUGUGCCGGACAGUCCUCUAGAGACGACAUUCAGUGGAUCCAUGAACUCUCUGUCUAAACUUAUUCACUAUGUAGGGUGGCUGUCCACUAAUGCAAUGCGCUUGGAAAGCAACAGUACUUUCCUGCUACACUUUGUUUUGGAUUUCUAUGAGAAGGUGUGUGACAUAUAUAUAAACUAUAACCUUCCAUUAGUGGUGUUGUUUCCUCCUGGAAUCUUCUAUCUCGCCCUCCUCAGUCUGGAUUCCAGUAUCCUGAACCAGCUCUGUUACAUUAUGCACAGAUACCGUAAAAAUUUAACAGCUGCAAAGAAAAAUGAGUUGGUAUUAAAGUCAAAAUCAGAGUUCAUAUUCAGCAGCAAGACCUAUGAAGAAUAUAAUCACUAUUUGACAGCCAUGGUUGGUUGCCUGUGGACAUCCAAACCCUUCCAGAAAGGAUCAUAUAUUGACCCCGAAGUCUUUAAAAAAAUUGGAAUAGAGAAAUAUAAAAACAGUUUAAAUUUGGUUCAACACCCUGCUCUAUUGAGUUAUGCUGUUUCCUUUUUGCUACAGGAAUGGCCAGAAGAAAGGACAGUAGACGUGAGCUCUAUUCAGGGAAAGAAAUGGAACUGGUAUUUGGACUAUUUAUUUUCAGAGGGGUUACAAGGCUUGAAACUUUUCAUAAGAAGUAGUAUCCAUCGUUCUUCUGUCCACUGAUCGGAGAGCAUAAACCCCAUGAUCGACAUGAAACACAUGCAGAUAGGAAUAAACGGAGCAUACUGGACUAAAUUCCUUCCAUGUAGCUAGAGAGGCCAAGUGGCUCAACUUGAGUUUCCAUAUUCUUUUCACCAACAGACAUCCUCAGGGAGUGCUUGGACUAGCCUUCUGUCCUUGGCUCAGGAGAGCUUUGAUGUGGCUAACUUUGUUUUUCAGGAUCUAGAGCCUUUAGCCCCCUAUUGAAAAAUGAUUUCAUCAUCAAGCUCUGCCUUUCACCAAAUUAUAUAUCAAGAGAUACAUCGUUAUGUGCUGGGGUUUUUUACAUUCUUGUGGAGUAUAAACUGCGCUGAUGGAAGAGAGCAGAUAAUACAGUGGCAGUUAAGCCACAGACAUAUUCAUGCAAAAUACUCUGCUGCCUCCGUAAAACCUCUGUGGGUGUUGCCGUUUUUCUUACUGUGAACAACUGCACCAACACCCAGUUAACAGGAUACAUUUCUAACUCUAAAAGCUAGCUUUAGGUAGUUGGUCGAGUCCUUGGCCUUCACUGGUGGCAAUUUGAUGAGAGAAGGAAGGGGAGAGAGAAUUGUGGGAUAAUCAAGACAUUACUGUUUCACGAAACUGCUCUCUUUUGUGUGCGUACCAGUAUAUGUAUAUAUCCCACUUUUUAAGUCUUCAGGCACAAAUAAACUAAUUGCAACUUUAUUUUCAGGGAUAAUUCUGAAGCUUUAAAAAAAGUUAUAAUAGUUAAAAUAUCUUGCUGAAAACUUACUAUAAAAUUUUGCAUCAGUGCUACUGAGUAACUCUCCCCCUUUUAAUAAAAUUCAUAUCAUUUGAGAGAAAUCAAGCUGAAUUUUUGUUUUUAAGGGCACAUUCUUGUGGUUCUUUUCUAGGUUUUUGUUUUUUGUUUGUUUGUUUGUUUUGUGUUUUUUUUUUGCUUCAAAGCAAAAUAAAACCCUAAACUAUAUUACUGGAUAAUUCUCAGAAUAGAAUCCCAUUUAUUCAUUCAUUUUUGGAUUCAAUACAUAUUUAUUGAGCUUACUAUGUGCCAAGUAUUCUUCUGUGUGCUGGUUAUACAGCUGUGGCCAAUACAAAGUACAUGCUUUUGUGGAAUUUACUAUAUCCUAUUGGAGAAGACAGACAAUAAAAAUAUAAAUAAACAUGUAAUAUCAGGUGCUAUAAAGAAAAAGCAAGGAAUAGAGAUAGAAUGUUGAGAGAAUCGCUAUUUUAGAUAAGGUGGUUAAAGAAGGCUUGUUUGAGCUGGUGACAUUUGCAGAGGCCCUAUUGAAAUGAGUGGAUGAACCAUGUGACUAUUUGGGGAAAGAGCAUUCUGGAAAGACGUCAAGGCAAGUAAAAAAGCUUAAAAAUGUUAACUUCCUUGGCCUGUUUGAAGAAUAGCAGAGAGGCCAGUAAGGCUACAACAUAGUGAUUAAGGAAGAAGAACGUUAAGAAUUGAAAUGGGAGAAAGCCAGAGAAUAGUUCAUGAAAGUCCUUACAGUUAGGUAUGGAUAUGUCAUGGGAAACCAUUCAAAGGAUUGAAUGCAGAGGAGUGACAUAAUUUGACUUAGCUACAUGGAGCUUCAGGGUGAAGGUUAGACUGAAGAGGAUUUAGGGUUAAAGAAGAGAGACCGGUUAGGUUAUUAGUGUUCCAAGCGAGAGUCUUAGACUAGUGUGAUUGAAGAGGGUGGAAGAGAUGGUUAGAUGCUAGAUUCAGGCUCUAUUUUAAAGGUAGAGAAGGUAGCAUCUGCUGAUAACUUGGACAUAAGGAGAGGGGAAGAGAGCGGUAAAGGAUGACUCCUAGGUUUUUGAGCAACUGGGUGAAUUCUGGAAUGCAAAGGUGAGGCAUCUUGGAGGAGGAACAGAUGUGGAAUCAGGAGUUCUGUUGUGGCUGUGUUAGGUUGGAGAUGCUGAGUAGGCAGUUGGAUAUCCAAGUUGGAUAUCCGAGGUACAAGUGGGAACUGGCAAAUUAAUUUGGGAGUCAUUAGGGAAUAGUCAUGACAUUGGAUGAGCUCACUUAGUGCAACUAGGAAGGAGAAGGUGACAAAAGACUGAGCCCUGGGGUAUGCCAACCUUAAAAAGUAGAGGAGGAACCAGCAAAAUACUGAGAAGGACCCUCCAGUGAGCUACAAGAAAAGCCAGGCUUCACUUUGCUGGAAGCCAAGUGAAGGAGGCGUUUCAAAAAGUAUUUAAUGGUAUGGUAUGUUGAUGGCAAACUUUAGUUGCUUCGAAAUAAAUGUGAUAGCUUCUACAAUGGGUAAUCUCAUAUAGAGUUCUCUUUGGUUUUUAAGUUUGUACUCCAAAUAACUUUCCAUUUUGUUUUUCAGAACGUGAUAUUUUGAUCUUUAAGAUCACGUAGAACUUUAACUUGUGAGAAGGGAUCUGGUUAUUUAAUGCCUAACAAUCUUCAGAUUAUUGAAGAAACUUUUCUAAACUUAAGUUUACGUUUCAGAAGAAAAAAAAUGUUCCCUUAGGUUUGUCAUUUGUUCAGUAAUUAUUCCCUGGGCACCUUUUUGCCCCAGUUUUCCUUGAUCAAUGUUUUAACUCACUUAAGAUUGUACAUAUGGCUAUAGAAAUAGGCCAAACCUCUAGUUAUUUGAAAACUCUUUUUGGAAGACUUCGUGGCAAAGUAAAACAAGGUUUAUAUAAGAAUAGCUAUUUUGCUUCGGUGGAAAAGAUGUCUGGAAAAAAGAAUAGAAAACUUGAUUUAUUAUCCCAAUUGUACACAAAUAAUACUUUGUUUACCUAGUAUUUGUGCAAAAUUGUUGACAUUAUAAAUGUUCACUUAAUGUUCAAUGCUAAAGUUGUUAUUAGAUUUCUAACAUUUUGUUUUCCAUUUUAUCGUAAUUUCUUCCUUGGCAUUGGGGAUGAUCUGGAAAGAAAAGUAGUUCAGUCUGUGGUACUUCACAUAACUUUUAUUAACAUAGUAGAAAUUUUCUGUUUACCUUUUAUUUACAAAAUGGUUUACUAGAAAGAAAAAUCUCUAAAAUUGGUAUUAAUA